AUGAAGGUUGAAAUCGAUUCUUUUUCAGGUGCCAGAAUCUACCCAGGUAGAGGUACCCUAUUUGUCCGUGGUGACUCCAAGAUCUUCAGAUUCCAAAACUCCAAAUCUGCUUCUUUGUUCAAGCAAAGAAAGAACCCAAGAAGAAUCGCUUGGACCGUCUUAUUCAGAAAGCACCACAAGAAAGGUAUCACCGAAGAAGUCGCCAAGAAAAGAUCUAGAAAGACCGUCAAGGCUCAAAGACCAAUCACUGGUGCUUCUUUGGACUUGAUCAAGGAAAGAAGAUCUUUGAAGCCAGAAGUUAGAAAGGCUAACAGAGAAGAAAAAUUGAAGGCUGACAAGGAAAAGAAGAAGGCUGACAAAGUUGCUAGAAAGGCUGAAAAGGCUAAGUCCGCUGGUACUCAAGGUUCCAAGUUCUCCAAGCAACAAGCUAAGGGUGCUUUCCAAAAGGUUGCUGCUACUUCUCGUUAA